AUGGGCUACCUGCAAUGGCGCUGGGGCACCCAGUCCUCCAUGAACACCAGCAUCAUCAGGGACACCAAGACCAGCCACUUCACCUUCGCCAUUCAGGUCAGCACAGCAUAGGAUAAUGAUAUACAGCAAUUGUAGUAUAAGAAGGGACUGCUGUCUGUUGCGGAUGUGUUUUCUAUUUCCUCUCCUAACUGUAUUUGUUGGCCCUCACAGCUUGGGAUCCCUCACUCCUUCAUGAUGAUGAGCUACCAGUACAAGUUCCAGGACGACGACCAGACCAAAGUCAAGGGCUCAAUCAAGUAUGUCCACUUCAUGAUAAGAUUUUAGCCUUUGUUCGUUUUGGUAAAUGAAGGCCAUUGAAUCUUAGAACUGAAACCUCUAUUAAAAAUCAUCAGGUCAGGCCAGUGACAAUAUGGGAAGACUUGCUGACUGUCUCUGUCAUUGUCUUGUAGAUCUGGCUUUUUUGGGACAGUGGUGGAGUAUGGUGCAGAGAGGAAGAUCAGUCGGCACAGUGUCCUGGGGGCGACCGUCAGUGUAGGAGUACCUCAGGGAGUCUCCCUCAAGAUAAAGUAA